AUGCCGUUGUACGAGCCAACAACGCCAACAGAGACGGCAACCUUUGCGAUGGCAUGAUUCUGGUGCCCCGAUGCGCUGUUCGGCAGCGCUCGGGGUGUUGUCCGCACCAAGGUUGGCUACACAGGGGGUACAACAAAGAAUCCAACCUACGUGUCUAUCGGAGACCACACGGAAACGGCGGAGAUUCAGUAUGAUCCGAAGGUCACAGACUUCCCAACCCUACUGUCCAUGUUCUGGAGGAACCACGACCCCACCGUGCAGCGCAAGCCACAGUACAUGUCAGCGAUUUUCUAUCACGACAAAGGGCAGAAGGACUUGGCGGAGAAAACUCGAGCUGAACAAGGGAGGAUACGGAAGACGAAAAUAUACACAAGAAUAGCACCUGCUUCGACGUUCUACGAUGCUGAAGACUAUCACCAGAAAUUCAAACUUCAACAGAAUAUCGCACUCUGCAAGAGUCUGAAGGCAUCGGGUUUGAAAGACUUUACAACUAGCCACGUUGCUGCCCGUCUCAAUGGUUACGUUUCCGGUUGUGGAACCUUGGCGGAUUUUUUGGCCGAAAGCAAGAAGUUGGGCCUCACUGCCGAACAAGUUGCCAUGGUCAAAUCCUGUCUCCGCUAGUGAGAAUGGCAGGACAAAAAUUUCCCUCCCGUGAUUGCGUAUGCCUAAAAAUUUUGCAUGCCGAGCGAGUAGGCAUAUAGCAUGCUGACCGGUGCCAGACGAACCACUUGAAAGAGGUCUUGUUUAAUCUUCCAUAUGAUGCCGGGUGGGGAAAGGCAACCUGUGUUGAACCUCGCCAGGCUGAAGGGCUGCCGCGACGAAGAUGAGGGUCUCUGCGCUGGUUCUUCUAUACACAGUAUGCUCGCUGCAAAGAGAGGAAAUAAAAAAAAAUGUUCCGGUCA